AGACGAUUUGGGCUUCCCGUGAUGUACUUGCGUCUUUGCAGAGCUAUAGGGAGUAUUAUUUGUCUUGAUGGGAGAAAAGCAGAGGAAGCUGCUCGUGUUGUAUGCUUCUCAGACCGGAAACGCUCUUGAUGCGGCAGAGCGUAUUGGCCGUGAAGCUGAACGCCGAGGUUGUCCUGCUUCUAUCGUCUCCACCGACGAAUUCGACCCCAGUUCCUUACCUCAUGAGGAGGCUAUUGUUUUUGUUGUAUCCACUACAGGGCAAGGAGACUCUCCAGAUUCUUUUAAGGUUCGUUGUGAAUUUUCAUUACCAAUAAUGCAGUUUUAGUUUAUUGUUUGUACCUUCCUUGUCUUUUUUUUUCCUUAAAUCACUGAAGGAGUUUUGGAAGUUCCUUCUUCAAAGAAACUUGGGAAACUCUUGGUUGCAACGAGUUCGCUUUGCAGUGUUUGGACUAGGUGAUUCAGGUUACCAGAAGUACAAUUUUGUAGCAAAGAAGCUAGACAAAAGAUUACUAGAUCUUGGGGCCACAACCAUCAUUGAGAAAGGUCUGGGAGAUGAUCAACACCCACCAGGGUAUGGAACGGUACGAAGCAACUCGAUCCUUGGAUGCUGUCUUUGUGGGGUACAUUAUAUCAGAUCAAUCCCAAAUACUUUCCUAAAGGUCCAGAUGUGGUGAUUCCUCGAGAUGAAUUAAUUGAUCAGCCCAAAUAUAGGAUUGUAUAUCAUAAGCAAGAAACACUGGAGCCUGCAUUGAUGGUAGAGUCGGAUAUCAUAGAAAGAGCCAGUGAAAUGUCACCCGGAAAAUUAUCCAAGGACAAAAGUAAACCAGACUGCUUUCUCAAGAUGACUAAAAAUGAAGUCCUGACGAAAGCUGGAAGUACAAAGGAUGUCCGCCACUUCGAGUUCCAAUUUGUUUCUUCUAGUAUCAAAUAUGAAGUUGGCGAUGUUGUUGAGCUUCUUCCAAGCCAAGAUUCUUCAGCAGUAGAUGCGUUUAUAGAACGCUGUGAUUUGGACCCGGAAUCAUUUAUCACAGUUCAUCCAAGAGAGACAGAGAGUAAUGGUUCAUUUGGAGAAGUAAUUACACAUGUCCCUAUUAAGCUUAAUACUUUUGUUGAAUUAACAAUGGACGUUACAUCCGCUUCACCUCGACGAUACUUCUCUGAGGUGAUGAGCUUCUAUGCAACAGCUGAACAUGAGAAGGCAAGACUGCAAUACUUUGCCUCACCAGAGGGACGGGAUGACCUCUACAAUUACAAUCAGAAGGAAAGAAGAAGCGUCCUUGAGGUGCUAGAGGAUUUUCCUUCGGUGCAGAUGCCUUUCGAGUGGCUUGUACAGUUAGUACCAGCUCUAAAACCAAGAGCUUUUUCGAUAUCUUCAUCUCCUUUGGCCUACCCUGCUCAAGUACAUUUGACCGUAAGCGUAGUAUCAUGGAUGACCCCUUAUAAGAGACCUCGAAAGGGUCUAUGCUCCACUUGGCUCGCAAGCCUCACACCUGAACAAGGGGUAAACAUACCGGUUUGGUUUCACAAAAGCUCUCUUCCUGCUCCACCACAGUCUGUUCCGCUCAUCUUAGUGGGACCUGGAACCGGAUGUGCCCCGUUCCGUGGGUUCAUAGCUGAGAGAGCCGUGCAAGCUGAGAGAGCCGUGCAAGCUGAGACUAGCCCGACCGCACCAGUCAUGUUGUUCUUUGGUUCCAGAAACGGACACAGAUUUUUUAUACCGCGACUUCUGGGAGUCCCAUGCAAGAGAAGGAGGUGUUGACAUGAAGCAUAAGUAAGCUGCUAGAUUUGAGAAGUAAGCUGCCAGACUUGAGAAGGAGGUGUUGACAUGAAGCAGAAUUAAGCAAGAGACUUAUAAGGUUUUAUAAGGAUUAAUAUACUGGAGUAUUUUAUUGAAGAGAAAAGAAGACCAUUGAAUAUAUUUUAAAACAAUGAAUAUUUUAUUUAUUGUGUACUGAGGCAACUUGCCUUUAAAUACUUGUAUCCAGAUCUAUAAUUAAAUUAAGGAAACUAUUCUCUC